AGUUUAUUGUUUUUAAUUGCCCAAUGUUACUGAACGCACACAGAGCACUGGAUCCAUUCUCUGUUUAUUCCAACUUAAAGAUAAUAACGUCUUUUGUGUGUGUUUAAGUGGAUUUCAAAACAAGCAGAAGGGCAAUUAGAAAUGGAAACCCUUCAAUGAAUGAUGUGCACAAGGGGAUUCCCCUAACUUGAUAUCGUUUUUAAAACUCCUUGCAUUGUAGAUCUAGUUCGCUAUUGGAGUUCCGUGUUUCUAGAACCAGUCAGCACUUGGAAAGUGGAAUCUUUAGCACUUUUGGGACCAACAAAGAAACAUGGGACCAUUUCAGCAACUUAUCCGGACCAAUCAGUGCGAACUUGGAACCACUUGAGAUUCAAUGGCUAAUCUAAUCGCAGUGUAGCCUGCAUUAUACGUGCCCUCCAGUUCUUUGUCGCCGCAGUUAGUCCAGCGAUUCGAGACCGAUUAAACGAUGGCCAGAAGACCUGGAACACUGGAUUCCCAACUGCCGCUCCUUGCGGUGGGCGGACUACUCAUCCUGGGAUUGGCCAUCGUCGAGUCCCUGGAGUGCUAUGCCUGCGACUCCGCGGAGGAUUCGGAAUGUGCCACCCGACCGGGUCAGCAGCUGGAAGUGGAGGAGUGUCAGCAGACGGGCGACGAGUGUGUCACCUCCAUAUCGGCGGGAUUAACGCGACGCGGCUGCCUGGCGCGUUUGUAUCCUAAUGGCUACUGUGCCGCUCCAUGUGACCGGUGCAAUACGAGCCUGUGCAAUCGGCACGUUUAUCCCACGGAUCGAUUGCGUUGCUAUCAGUGCAGCGGCUCGGAUUGCAUCGAUGUGGCCAGUCGGCCGCAGUACCUGCUGCCGUGUCCGGUUUAUCGGGAGGAUGACAGGUGCUACACGAACGUAGUCCACUUAUCCAACACCCAGCGCGGCUGUGAGCACACCAAUCUGCCGACAACCUGUCCGCAUGUCUGUCUGAAGUGCAAUUACAAUGGUUGCAAUGCGGAGAAGACCGUCACGGAAUCGCGCUGCCUUCAGUGCACCCACAAUCGAUUGGCCCCCAAUCCGGACUGUCUGCGGGACCAGGAUCCCCAGGCGGAGCAGCCCAAGUGCUCGUUGAGCAACUCAACGGUGACGCAUUGCGUCAACAAGGUGAUGUACGGACACAGGGAGAAUUGCUUUAGCUACCUCAACAGCCAGACGGAGGUACUCCAGAGGGGCUGCUCCACCAGCAUGGGAUUCUAUCCCACUGGCGACCUAACCGAGUGCCACGGCGAAUUCUGCAAUGCCAAUUGCCAGGAUAUUGUCUGCGCCGCCUGCAACUCCACCGCAAAUCCUGCCUGCCGUUCUGGCCGCAAUUUGCCAACGGAAAAGUGCGCAGCGGGCACCACGGCCUGCUAUUCCUGCGAGCAAGUGCUUAACCUUGUGAAUGCAAUAUCUGUAACCCAUUUCCCUGUCAUCGCAGAUACCUUCCUGCGACGUGGCUGUGCGGAUGCGGAUUUUGCACCUUCAGCCCUGGGCGAAAAUUGCCAGUUGUGCCGCGAUGCGGACUCCUGCAAUCGGUACUCCGUCCGGAGCUGCUACCGCUGCAAUGCCCAGGACCAGGAUGCGGACUGUGCGGCCAUGAACCUGCCCACAGCGAUGACCACCAGCAAUUGCUCCAGCCCCACGGAACUGUGCGUGAGCACGGUGGUCAGCCGGCUGGACGGGAUCUAUACGGUGCGCGGAUGCGAGGGUCAGGUGCCGGAGUGCUCUGCCAAUGAUCCGUACUGUGUGCGCUGCAACGGAAGUCUGUGCAACGAUGCACCCACUCUCUGGCGGCAGACGCAACUCGGGUCAGCAGUUUCUACGGAUCAGCAGUUGCCGCAUAGCUGGUGGUCACUGCUGCAGUACUGGUGGUCCAGGAAACUUCGAUAAGCACCCAUUACAUGGCUGGCUGGACGAACUUUGCGCCGAUAUCUGAUUAAUGGGCGUGGCCAAGGGGCGGAUGUGUUCGGCAGGAGAAAAUAAAGCGAGCGGAACGCCCCCGCAAAAUCGGGCAAACAAAAGCAUUUGGAUAAACAAGCUGUGGAUUACUAAACGGGCUCACUGGACACUGCUGCUCAUUGGAAGUACGGAUGCCAUAAAUAAGGAUUACAUAUUGUGUUCCAUAGAUCAUGUAUGGCAAAUAGUUCCUAUCUAGGAGAAUUGUAUAAUUGUAUGUACAUGUUUUAAAAAUGUAGGAUAUCAUAAGUAAAAACGGGGCUAGUUUUUUGGAGCUUGGAGCCAGUUUCGUUAUGAAUAUAUUCAUAUUUUUGAUAAACUCUCAGCAAA